AUGGCUUUACAAUCUCCAGGAGCAAAAUUGGCAAUAACUCAUAUGCAUGAUUGGCUUAUUAUAUUGGUUCUUGCCGGCAUAGAUGGUUUGUUAAAUAUGAUAGAACCUUUUCAUCGUUAUGUUGGAAAAGACAUGAUGCAAGAUCUUAUGUUUCCAUUUAGAGAAGACACUAUACCUAUGUGGGGUGUCCCGGUGAGUAUGACGCGUAAUUUUAUAAUCUCCAUUAUCAUGCCAAUUCUCAUCUUUAUUGCUUUUUACUUUGUUAGAAGAGAUAUCUAUGAUUUACACCAUGCAACAUUAGGUCUUUUGUUUGCUAGCAUAAUAACGGGAGUUAUAACUGAUUCCAUUAAAGAUGCUGUUGGUAGACCAAGACCAAAUUUUUUCCAGAGGUGUUUCCCCGAUAAAAGACCGGUUUUUGAUAAAGAAACUGGUGAUGUUAUAUGUACUGGAAUUCAUAAAGUUAUAAAAGAAGGAUACAAAAGCUUUCCUAGUGGUCAUACAUCAUGGUCAUUUGCUGGACUUAAUUUCCUUUCAUGGUAUUUAUCCGGAAAAAUUAGAGUAUUUGAUCGUAGGGGGCAUGUUGGAAAACUUAGUAUAGUUUUGCUUCCUUUACUUACUGCAGCUCUUGUUGGAAUUUCUCGAGUAGAUGAUUACUGGCAUCAUUGGACUGAUGUGUUUGUUGGAGGCCUUAUAGGAAUUAUCGUGUCUUCAACAUGCUAUUUGCUACUCUUUCCAUUUCCUACUUAUCCACAUGGUUGGGCACCUCAUGCAUUUUUUUACAUGUUGGACUUGGAGGAGGGUCAAAGUUCUCAAGGCGAUAGUCAAAGUCCAUCAUUAAUGAGGAUAGAUCGUACCUUAGAGAUGGAUCAAAUGGAAAAUGGAAGACGAUUUAUGUGA